AUGGACGUUCGUCAAGUAAAAUUUUCCCUCAGUGUGGCCAACGCUCAAAAGGACAUUGUUGAAAAAGUUGCGGCGGUCGUGAAAAGGUGGUGUGAGAAGAAACGCGUCACGAUAUCCUCAAAGAAAAACGCUCCAUUGAUCUCAUUCAUCCAUCACAAGAUGGUCUUGAAAGCUUUUGAUGUUGCCAAACACGACUACAGAAAGCUUGAUGAGAAAGCUCGAAAACUCAGCAAAGAGUUAUUACCGUUUCUUUCUUCACAUCCGGAAGUAAGUUUCUUUUUUUUGAAGACUAUCAACUUUCUGAUUGCAGUUGAACGUAUCGUCGGAUGAUGUUACCGAUGAGGUCGAUACUUCUUCUUUCGGAUACAUAAGGGAAAUCGCUUCGGAAGUUCAAGUGCUCAUGAUGGACUACAAAGAAGCUGACCGAAAGGAAAGAGAAGCGCACGCUAAGGCAAAAACCUUAUGCGAGCAGUACAACGAGCAGAGAAGAAUCAUGAAAGAGACUCCGUCGAGUCUCACUCGGCAACGAGCAGAAGCUCUCAAAGAGGAGUUCUACAAAGUGAAAUCUCUCGAGAAAGAGUUGAAUAAUGCGUCGGCCAGAGCAUCACGAAAACUGCGAGAGUUUACCUUUGGGAAACCUGUAAGUUCACUUUAUCAUUGGUUGUGUCCACGAAAACAGCAAAAUUCGUGACAAAUAACUUUAAAUCCAAAUAUAUUUUUUAAAUUCGAACCGACCGUUUUGCAGGUUUUUACCUCUGCCGCACGCGAGUCUCGUAUAUUGCUUCAUGAGCCAUUUAAAUUGAUUAUUUUGAACAAGGUAAUUUUUGAAAGUUUUACUCAAGACAGAGAAAAAAGAAUCAAUCACUCCUUGAUUCACAAGAACUCACUUAUUUUCAUGAAAUGUUUCAGAGAAACGGCCAGACUCCUCAAAAGAAGUCUCCACUUGCUCUGAAUCAAAAAGUCGCAAUCGAAAACAAGGUUAGUUUUGAGUUUAUUAGAAACUCAAGUUAUCAAAAACUAGCAAAUUUCCCUUUGCAAAUCACGAAAUUACAGGUCAUUGUCGGCAAUGUUGGAGACAUUGAUGGGCAAAUCAAUAAGAUCGCCAAGAGUUUCCAUAAUAAGAAACAGGUAAAAGUUAAAACUAUUAUAUCCAAGCAAAAUGAGAAUAUUUUUAUCCGUUUUUUUCUAUUUAUCGAUCGAAAAUUCACGAAAUUGCAGGUCGUCGUUGGCCCUAGUGGAGACAUCGACAAGCAGAUCAAUGAGGUUACCAAUGGUAUCCGAAAGAAAAUAAAGGUAUUCAUUCACUAAUAUUACACCGAAUCGAAAAAAAGCUUUUUUUUAUUCUUAUAUAAGUCGAAUCCUAUAUCGAUCGAAAACAUCCGAAAUUGCAGUUCAUCGUCGGCCCUGAUGAAGACAUUGAUGGGCAAACCAAUGAGAAUACCACUAGUAUCCAUGAUGGAAUGCAGGUGAGACUUUUGACUUAGAAUUUCACGUCGAAGCAGAAAAAAGGACACGAAAGUUUUAUCAAUCUUAUAUUUCAGGUGUCCAAUGGCCAGGUGAACGACGUCGUUGGACAGGACGACAUCUUCAGCGACGGCAAAUAA